AUGCAAUCAAGUGUCGUGCAUGCAUUUCAUGCGUUUCUUUUCCUCUCUAUCCCCUUGCAUGCUCUCUACCUCUUUAUCCUCUCCUUCUAUAACUAAUCCCACCCCCAUAAUUUUUUACUUCACAUCCAAAAAAAAUCAAACAAAAAAAAAAAAUCACCCAAACCAAAAAAAAACCUCGUAGCCUCUCUUCUCUUUCAAUCCGCCGUCAUCUUCUACCUUCCCGCCGUGACUUUCAACCAACCCAACUCGACUUUGAUUAGACCCACGUCGAUGCAUGUUCAUGCUUAAUCUCUUCUCCAAUUCACGUCGAUUUCACCUCAGAUUCGUCUCUCCAUAGGUUUUUUUUAAGGUUUUCGAUUUGGGAUUUGCAAAAAUCUGGUGAAAGGUUCAGACUUUGAAGAUGUUCCAAGUCAAAAUGGGGUCAAAGAUGUGCAUGAACUUGUCUUGUGGCACGACCACUAGUGUUGAAUGGAAGAAAGGUUGGCCUCUUCGAUCUGGUGCUCUCGCUGAUCUCUGCUCUCGUUGCGGAUCGGCUUAUGAGGCUUCUCUUUUCUGUGAAACAUUCCAUUUGGACCAAUCUGGUUGGAGGGAGUGCUACUUAUGCAACAAGAGACUUCAUUGUGGAUGCAUUGCAUCUAAGCUCGUUGUAGAGUUUAUGGACUACGGUGGUGUUGGUUGUAGUACAUGUACUAAUCGCCAUCAACUCAAUUUGGAUAAGAGAGGUGAGAAUCCAGGCGUGUUUAGCAGACUGCUAAUGAACGGGCAACAUACGAAUGGGGAAAGUGGAAUAAGAAGCGAAGCUGAUCUCUUCUCUCAGCCCUUAGUCCCUGGAGAUGAUAAAAGAGAAGAGUUCUUGCCUCAACGUGGGUUUAGUAAUCUCAUGAAACCAGAUAAUAAUGCCACUACAGGGUUUAGGCCUAACGCUGGGGAAAUGCAUGAAUCAUCACAACCACCAUCUUUGAAUAUGGCUUUGGCAACACUUCCUUAUAGCCUUUCUUUUGCAACUGCAACAAAGAAACUCAUGGAUGGUGCUUCUUCUCAGACCCACAAUGUCCAAUCCUCUGCCUCUAGUAUACUGCAAAAACCUUCAAACUCAGUUCUUGGCACUCUUCCUGGGACUAGCAAAUCUCCUCAGGUUAGGAUCGGUAGGCCUCCUGUCGAAGGCCGUGGGAAAGGUCAUUUACUUCCUCGGUAUUGGCCAAAGUAUACUGAUAAAGAGCUUCAGCAGAUCUCCGGAAAUUUAUGUUUGAACAUUGAACCUCUUUUUGAGAAAACUCUUAGUGCAAGUGAUGCUGGGCGCAUUGGUCGUCUAGUUCUUCCAAAAGCCUGUGCAGAGGCCUUCUUUCCUCCCAUUAGCCAAUCAGAAGGCAUUCCUCUGAAGAUCCAAGAUGUGAGGGGUAAAGAGUGGACAUUCCAGUUCAGAUUCUGGCCUAAUAACAACAGUAGAAUGUAUGUAUUAGAAGGUGUCACUCCAUGUAUACAGUCCAUGAGGCUACAGGCUGGUGAUACAGUAACUUUCAGUAGGGUUAAUCCUAGUGGCAAACUCAUCAUGGGUUUCAGGAAGGAAGGUCAUAAUGGAGGCAUACAGGAGAGUGGUCUCACCAACGGUACUUCUAACGAGGACACAUCAUCCUCUGGUGUUACAGAGACUCCAACCUCCGUAAACGCUUCCUCUGGUCCCUCACAAACCCCUGAAGAACUGAAAAAUCUGCCUGAACAUUUGAGCUUGAAGAAGAGUGAGAUGAAUGGAGGCAGGAGUUGUGAUGAUCCUUCACGGGUUAAAGACAAGAAGAGGACUCGUACCGUAAAAAACAAGAGACUGCUUUGGCAUGGUGAAGAAUCUAUGGAGGUGAGACUCACAUGGGAAGAAACUCAGGAGUUGAUUCGUCCUUCUCCUAGUGCAAAGCCUACGAUUGUCGUCGUUGAGGAGCAUGAGUUUGAAGAGUUUGACGAACCUCCUGUUUUUGGAAAGAGGACUAUAAUCACUUCAAGACCUUCAGGUGAACAAGAACGAUGGGCAUCUUGUGAUGACUGCUCUAAAUGGAGAAGGUUACCUGUAGACGCUCUUCUCCCUGCAAAGUGGACAUGUUCCGACAAUGUUUGGGACGAGAGCAGGUGUUCGUGUUCUGCACCUGAGGAGAGUCUGAAGGAGCUUGAGAAUGUUCUUAGAAUGGGGAAAGAGUACAAGAAGAGAAGAACAGGUGCAAGCCAGACAGAAAAAACUGAGCAAGAACCGUCGGGUCUGGAUGCACUAGCGAGUGCUGCAGUCUUGGGAGACACUAUAGACGAGGAAGAGGCUGCAACCACGACCAGACAUCCAAGACACAGAGUUGGAUGCUCAUGCAUUGUGUGCAUCCAGCCGCCAAGUGGGAAAGGCAGGCACAAGUCGAGCUGCGUGUGCACGGUGUGCAGCACGGUGAAGAGAAGGUUUACAACGCUGAUGAUGAGGAGGAAGAAGAAGCAGUUAGAGCGAGAGGAAACAGAAGCAUCAGCAGCAACAGCGGGUCAGGAGGAUGGAAAAACAGGGAGGUUGGAUCUGAACAGUAAUCCUUGUAAUAACAGAGAAAACGUUGAAGCUGAGAGUGUGGGGGAAGACGAGAGUCAAGGAAGAGAAGCAGGGGAGUGUUGGGGCGUGGCACAAGCUGGUGAUGUUUUAGGAGUAACGGAGUUAGAAGGAGAGGGUGAGAAAAUCCGUGAAGAGUCUAAAGGUUCAAGCUGAUAUGGGAAGAAGACAAAAGAAGCAAAAACUCAUAACUACUUUAUAUAACUAUGUUCUCUAAGAGUGGAGGGAGAGGUACAGUUUUGUGUUUGAUUCUGUCAUAGUUUUAGUCAAACAUAAGCUUAACAAGAAUGGCCAUCCUCUCUACUUUGAAAUUUUUUACUUAGUGGUGUGUGGUGAGUUUGGUGUGUUGGGUUUAGUGUUGUCUCUCCAUUAAUCUUAAUAGGUUUUGCAGAAGGCAAAAUGGUGCUUCCGUGUUUUGUGAUGAAACAGUUUAAUUAUUUUUGUGUUGUGUUGUUUUAAACUUCACAUGGGAAGCAGUAUGUUCAAUUGAGAUCCUU